AUGACCGUCUUUGUGGUCUCCCUUUUUCUCCCAAACACAAUCAACUUCAAACUUCCUUCCAAUAAUUCUCGUCCUCCUACCAGAUCCAAGCUUCACCCAGAUUCCAAACUAGACGCUUCCCGCUCUGGGCGUCCAGGUGCUGCUAGAAGAACUACUACCAGAAUCGACACUGGCAAACCGAGUCUUUUUGGUCACCAAAGAGAUAUUACACCCCCAGCAACACCAAUACACGAUGUUGAUCAUGAACAAUUCUUCGCUCAAACCGACCCGUUAAACCUAAAAGCCUCCCUCCCCAUACAAGAGAACCAACAUUCCAUAAUCGCGCCCAGCGAUCCCCAUUCACCAGCAUGGGGUGCAGGAAAGAUGUUCAACCAACCACGCUCCCGAGCCAGUUCCCCUCCUCCCGCAGAUAUUCUCAAACAUAAUAAAAUGAAGGAGAAGGCAGAGCUUCUUGGAAGCGCUGGAGUUCGUCAACCACAAUAUAAAAGAAGUGACAGUCAUGAUAGGGUUUUCGCAAAUGCCGAAUGGGAAGUUGAGCCAGCGGAGCAAGGUAAUGGGGGUUUAAGAAAUGCUGUGCAAGCUGCAGUCAGAAGCGGAAACCUUGAGGAUAAGAUUUGGGUCGGUACCCUAGGAAUGCCAACGGAUGCUCUCGAACGUCAACAAAAGCAGGACAUUGACGAUCGUAUGGCUACGGAGUACGAUUCUUUGACAGUUUUCUGCAAAGAUGGCGAUUUCGACGGUCAUUACACGCACUAUUGUAAGCAAAUUUUGUGGCCCGUCUUCCACUACCAGAUUCCCGACAAUCCCAAAAGCAAGGCUUAUGAGGAUCAUUCUUGGGUUUACUAUGUCAAAGUAAAUCAAGCCUUCGCAGACAAGAUCGUCAAGUCAUGGAAGAGAGGCGAUGUUAUCUGGAUCCAUGAUUACCAUCUUCUACUGGUACCUUCAAUGAUCCGUAAAAAGCUUCCAGAUGCUAAGAUCGGGUUCUUCCUUCACGUUGCAUUUCCAUCUUCAGAAGUAUUUCGAUGCUUGGCAGUUCGCAAGGAAUUACUUGAGGGUAUGUUAGGAGCAAAUCUUAUCGGGUUCCAGAUUCAAGAGUAUGCACGCCAUUUCUUGCAAACCUGCAGUCGUAUCUUGAUGGUUGAAGCCACAAAUGAUGGUAUUCAACUCGAGGAUCGAUUCAUCGAUGUUAUUAAUCUCGCAAUUGGAAUUGAUCCCGUUGCUCUGGAUAUGAACCGCCUGGACCCUAAAGCUACCCAUUGGCUGAACACAAUGCAAGAGAGAUACCGUGGCAAGAAACUUAUUGUUGCGCGAGAUAAGUUGGAUCAUGUACGAGGUGUACGACCUAAGCUUUUGGCUUAUGAGCUAUUCCUGAAUAAAUACCCUGAAUGGCGAGACAAAGUUGUUCUUAUCCAAGUAGCAACCUCUACCACAGAGAAUGCUGAACUCGAUGCGACUGUUUCAGAUAUUGUUACUAGAAUCAACUCUUCAUGGGCAAAUCUCGCUUAUCAACCAGUCGUUUACCUGAAGCAAGACAUCAUCUAUCCACAAUAUCUAGCUUUACUCACAGUCGCUGAUGCCCUAAUGAUUGCAAGUCAGCGUGAAGGAAUGAAUUUAACAUGUCAUGAAUAUUUGUUUUGUCAAGAUGGCAAGUUUGAAGGCCACAACAAGCAUGGAUCCCUUAUUCUUAGUGAAUUUACUGGUAGUUCUUCUAUCUUCGGUGGUAAUGAACUAUCUGUUAAUCCUUGGGAUUAUCGCCAAUGCGCCGAUGCAAUCAAACAAGCUCUUGAAAUGGAGGAUGAAGAGAAAGAAGAACGAUUUACAAAACUUCAUGCAGCUGUCAUGCACCACACAGGUGAACACUGGUUUAAUGAAUUCCUUCAUCGCCUCGACAAGGUCUAUGAUGAACAGCAUAAGAGGGAGACCACAUCUGUUCCUCGUCUCUCGAUCAAUAUACUUGGCCAAAAGUAUCAGAAAUCGGAGCGUAGGCUCUUCAUUAUUGAUUAUGAAGGAACUUUGGCAUCAUGGGGCUCACCGAGCAGUAUCAUUUUAACAAGCCCGCAACGCACAAUUGAUACUCUUAAUGAUAUUUUACAAGACGAAAGAAAUACAGUCUAUGUAAUGUCUAGCAGACAACCAGAGGAGCUUGACCGUUUAUUCAAACGAGUUCCACGUCUUGGUCUCAUUGCUGAAAAUGGAUGUUUCCUUAGACAAUUUGGAACUUCGGAAUGGACCGAGAUGGCCGACCCCGAAAAAAUGCGCGCCUGGAAAGAUUCAGUUGAAGGUAUCAUGGCUUAUUAUACCGAGCGAACCCCAGGAUCUUGGAUUGAGACGAGACAUUGUAGUUUGAUCUUCCAUUACAAGAAUGCUGAAGACUUCGAAACUGCAACUCGACAGGCAGGUGAUUGUGCAAGCCACAUUAAUGAUGCAUGUGUUGAGCAAAGAGUUAGAGCUCUUCCUCUUGAAGGAGCUGUUGCAGUAGAACCAAUUGACUGGUCAAAGGGUACAGCUGCCAUGAAAAUAUUCGAAGGCCUUGCAAAAGACAUGUCACCAAACGCUGAACACACUUCUCCUGUCGAUUUCUUACUAGUGAUAGGUGAUGGUAGGGAUGAUGAGGUUAUCUUUAGAUGGGCGAAUGAUUUGGGUAGAGCUAAGAAUGUUGAUAAUGUUACAACUGUUAGUCUGGGUAGUAGAAAUACUGAAGCUGGGUAUACACUUACCCAAGGUGUUACUGGUGUCUUGACAGCUUUACAAAAGCUAGCUCAAUUGUCUUAG